CCGACGCGUUCGCAUCGGAUACACGUGCUAACAAACGCGACUUAUAAAAUAAAACUAAAUUUUUAAUUAAAUUUUAAGUGCACAAAAAUAAAAAUUUUAUUCGCGGAAUUAUAGUGCUGUGUUCCAAUGAGAUGUUGACCAUUAAAAUAAGGCCAUUAGCGUGCGUGUAAUAAUUGACUCAUAACUUUGUUAAAACAACCCUCAAACGCUCCGAAAUUAACGAGCAUAAUGUGAGUAUGUAAAUAAUGUGAAACGCGGAGCUAGAAUGGCGUCCAGGUCGUUUUAUAUCCACAUAACUAUCUAUGCGUUUGUUUUACUGCCACUGUCGAUGUGCGCCGGAAUCGGUGGUUUGAAGUGGGUGAGUGUCAAUUUGCCGCAUUUCCGGCGGCCUGGUGAGGCGGCGCAUUUACACUGCGAUUAUGACCUCGGCAACGACACUCUUUACGCCGUCAAGUGGUAUAAAGACAACGAAGAAUUCUAUCGUUUCGUUGCCAAAGAACGCCCACAGUCGACAAGCUAUCGAGUGGAUGGAGUUGAUGUUGAUGUUAGUGCAUCGGAUAAUAAAAAAGUCGUUUUAAGACCUGUACGCCUGCGCACUGGAGGUUUGUAUAGAUGUGAAGUGUCUGCAGAGGCGCCAUCUUUUGCAUCUGCGCAAAGCGAAGGACGUUUAGAGGUUAUAUCACUACCAAUUGAAGAUCCAAAAAUAACCGGGGUGAGAGUCCAGUAUCAAAUUGGGGAUGAAAUCAACCUCAAUUGUACAUCGGGACGUAGUUACCCCGCCUCCAUGUUGCAUUGGUACAUAAACGAAGAAAAAAUCUCAAGCAACAGUGUGCUCAUCAGAUACCCAACGAGAAAAUCUCGACAAGGAUUGCUCACCACCGUCUUGGGGCUGCGGUUUCACCUCAAUAAUCAUCACUUUCUGGGCGGGUCGAUGCGCGUCAAAUGCGUCUCGUCGGUCUCGCGCUCGGAUUUGGACGACAGGACGUCAGUCAUCGAAAAUCUGCCAAUUACGGACCUGAGAGAAGCGCUCCUGCUCGUGAGGAAUUCUGCAGACCUGAAACAAAACCAAUACAUUUAUACUUUCCUGAUUAUUUUUGUUAUGUUUUCUAUGAAAUUUCUAUAAAAUAAAAUGCUAGAUGAUUCCAAACACCCUGUAUAGAGUUCAACGCGUCUGAAUGUGUGCUAAACAUCUAAAUGUGAUUUUUGUAUCUUUCGAAUUGUAAAUAAAGAAAAAUAUUAACACAUA